GCAACAGAAGCAAGCACGAGGACACACGCCCAGGACUGAGCUCCUCCAUCAGGAUCAUGGGAGAGAAUGGCCCUCUCACGGUGACAGCCAUGCUCUUUGAGGACGAGGAAGAGGAAGUGGACAAACUGGGACAUGAGGAGGAAGAUGAGGACAAGAUGGCCGACUAUGACAAAGACGACGGCAUAAUCUCGGGACCCUCGUCGUCCUCGGGGAGGGUCUACGAUCGCACCACCGUGCUAAUCGAGCAGGACCCCAUCCGCCUGGACGAGGAGGGCGAGGAGGACGGCAUGUCCUUCCUCCAGGAGGGAGAGUGUGAGGGGGACGAGGGCUCUCUGGCCUUCAUGGGGGACCCGGAGGGCAUGUCACAGGGAUACAUACACCACACCAUCUCACCAGACCAGAUACAGUUCAUCAUUAACCCGGGGUCCACCCCUAUGCCACGAAACAUCGAGGGUGCAACGCUGACGCUUCACUCCGAGUGCCCCGAGACCAAGCAGAGAGAGGUGAAGCGAUACCAAUGCAUGUUCGAGGGCUGUACACGCACCUACAGCACGGCGGGAAACCUGCGCACGCAUCAGAAGACGCACCGCGGUGAAUACACGUUUGUGUGUAACCAGCAGGGCUGUGGCAAAGCCUUCCUCACGUCCUACAGCCUGAAGAUCCACGUCCGAGUCCACACGAAAGAGAAGCCCUUUGAGUGUGACGUCCAGGGCUGUGAGAAAGCCUUCAACACUCUCUACAGACUGAAAGCACACCAGAGGCUGCACACGGGGAAGACGUUCAACUGUGAAUCAGAGGGAUGCACCAAGUACUUCACCACACUCAGUGACCUGAGGAAGCACAUCCGCACACACACGGGGGAAAAGCCUUUCCGGUGUGAUCACGAUGGCUGUGGUAAGGCUUUCGCUGCUAGUCAUCACCUGAAGACACAUGUACGGACACAUACUGGAGAGAAGCCGUUUUUCUGUCCGAGCGAUGGCUGUGAGAAGACCUUCAGCUCUCAGUACAGCCUGAAGAGUCACAUUCGGGGUCAUGAUAAAGGCCCAUCGUUCUCCAUGAGCAGUCAUCCGCUGUCAGAGGAUGGGAAUCACUCGCUGUGCCUCAGUGAUUUGAGCCUCAUUUCCACAGACUCUGAGCUCCAGGAGAACCACAAUUCUCAGGGUUUGGAUCUGAACAGCGUCACCCCCAUACGAAUCUUUGAGCUGAUGUUCCAGAGUCCUGAGAACAGUGUCAGCCCGGACGACCCAAAACCCACAGAUAACCUAGCAGAGUCUUUUGGCCUUGAGUCGUCACCUCAGACAGCUACUGCAGAAGUGUCCACUCAGCCCCCUUCAUCCACCUCUUCCCCAUCCAGCUCCAUCACGACCUCUGCUUUGGAGGCUCAGACUCCACCUACAGCACUCCCCUCUCAGUCUGCCCCACCUCCUCCCACUGUCAGCAGCUCAUUGCUGAGCUCCACUUUCCCUUGUGCUCCACCCACCUCAUCACACUCACCCGAAGUGCCCGCUCCAUCUGCACCCUCAGUCGCCCAGCAUUACAUGACAUUGACCUCUACGGCUCAGCCGGUGCCUCCACCAUCCGCGCCCGGAGUCUCCAGCGCGCCAACCGUGACGACUGAGGUGACGGCGACAGUAACGCACACAGUGCCUUUGGCUCCUCCACCUCCUCCUACGAUCACUAUCGCCCCCCAGCUCGGCCUGCAGCCCAGCAUCGUCAUGUCUGACCAGAACCUCCAGUGGAUCCUCAGCAGUGCCGCCAGCGCGCAGCAAAACCCUGAACAACAGGGACCAAAAGUAGAGAAGGUCUUUUUUACAACAGCCAUACCAGUCGGUGGACAUUCAGGGACCGCAGUGCAGCAGAUCGGUCUGAGUCUGCCGGUCAUCAUCAUAAAGCAGGAGGAGUCCUGUCAGUGUCAGUGUGCCUGCAGAGACUCGGCUAAAGAUAAGAGCGCUGCUUCCGCGCAGGAGAAGUCGAAGAACACAUCGCCUCCUCCAGCUCCUCCAGCCCUCCCCGAAGAGCCUCCAUCCUGCUGCCCAUCCAAAGAGACCCCCGCUCAGCCCCAGCAGGAGAACCUGGCCGCUUCAGUGACCCCGAUCACCCCCAGCGAUGGCCUGGUCGGCAUGGAUGUCUCAGAUCUGCUCAGUCCAGACACCACGGCCAACAUAGAGGCCCUGCUGAUGGUGGCAGAGGAUUUGGCUGUGCCUGACGGAGGCAGCAGCGCCCCCUAGAGGCUCAGGCCUCACCCUUCAUCUGUACCGUGUACAGAUGGGUAUCCCACACACACCUGUACCUCUGCUAUAGGCAUGCAUCUCUCCUCAUCCAAGUGUAUGCACUUUUAAGGGAGAGUAGCAGGCAGGGCAGUUUAAGGCAUCAGGAAGAGUAGUUUAGUUGCUUCUCAUACUGAUUUAAGUGUCGGUAGUGUUUUAACCCCGCUGUUUUGUUCGAUUAUUUCAAAGAUUAUUUAAAGAUCUAAAUCGGCUUAUAGAGAUUCGCCAUAUUUAAGAAAAAGAGGUUUUGGCCGGCCAUAUGCUGUACUUGAGUUUAAACUUGAGACCCUUUAGAUCGAUGGGACUUCAGAAGCAAGGCCGUUGUCACAGUUUAUGAGUAAUGAAGUCAUCUUCGUCCUGCACAUUAAAACAUUGAAGUAUUUUAUGUAUAAUGUAUUAGAAAGGCUGCAGUGCUCAUAAUAAUAAUAAUAAUAAUAAUGU